GUAUUGACCAAUCACAACUCGUUUUAUAAACGAGUUUAGGCGACGGUUACCAACAACAAAUUUUGCAAAGUUUGAAACUCAUACGAGCACCUGUCAAAACAUUAAAAUAAAAAUGGCUGAUGAACGCUAUUGCUUCCUGGUGGAGUGGUACGACCAGUUUGCUGCCCUCAUACGUCGCUACCAACUCAUGUACUACUCCAGGGACAACUCUGUGGAAAUGUUUGACAUCAAGAACAACCGGCUGUUCCUGAAGAGGACUAAGUGUGACGGUCUCAGGCUAGAGAACCUCUAUGUGGGGGCCACUGUGGACCUGUUCUCUCGACAGAUCAACUUCAUCGACUAUGGAGAUGACUUCACUAAGAGUCGACUGGCUCAGCAGAAAGAAAGAACACUUGGUAUCAUCAAGCCAGAUGCAAUGUCGAAGGUGGGUCAGAUCAUAGACGCGAUCUUCCAGUGUGGCUUCAAGGUCACCCAGCUGAAGAUGUGUCGCCUUACAAGGAAUGAAGCAUUCCAGUUCUACCAGGAACACCAGGGCAAGACAUUCUUUGAAUGUCCAGAUGUCAGCAACCUGAUCAACUUCAUGACAAGUGGUCCAGUGGUAGCCUUUGAGUUGAUGGGUGUGGAUGCCAUCACCAAGUGGCGGGAGGUCAUUGGGCCCACUGACAGCGCCGAGGCUCGUAAGACCGCCCCCAUGAGUCUGAGGGCAAGGUUUGGCAAGGACAACACCCAGAACGCGUGUCAUGGUUCAGACAGCGUUGCCUCAGCCGCCCGCGAGAUAGAGUUCUUCUUCCCCUCUGUGGGCACUGUUAGACAGAACACGGCUAAGUUUACAGACUGCACUUGCUGUGUGAUCAAGCCUCAUGCUGUUGCUGCAGGCAAUGCUGGUAAGAUAGUGAGUGCUAUCAUGGAUGCUGGGUUUGAGGUGUCAGCCAUGCAGAUGUUUCACAUGGAGAAGGCCAAUGCCGAGGAGUUUUAUGAGGUGUACAAGGGCGUAGUCCAAGAGUACAACGCCAUGGUGACCGAACUCACCUCUGGGCCCUCCAUUGCCCUGGAAGUGCGUGCACAGAACGCACCUGUAGCAUUUAGAGAAAUGACAGGACCUGCCGACCCGGAGAUUGCACGCCACCUGCGUCCCCGGACCCUGCGCGCCCUUUACGGACAGGACAAGGUGAAGAACGCUGUACACUGCACAGACCUGGCCGAGGAUGGAUUGCUAGAGAUUGAAUAUUUCUUCAAGGUGUUGGAUCGAUGAAAAAAGACAUUUUAUUUGAAAGUACACAUCACCAUCAUGCUUAAAGGAAAGAGACAUUGCUUCAAACCGAAUGGAAUAUUUUGACUUGUCUGUGAUAUUGAGUUAUGUAUUUUUUACAUGACAUUUAUUGGAAUAAUUUUUUUUCUUCAAGUUGGUUUAUAAUUUUUUCACUAUUAACUUUUUAACUGAACUGUUCAGGUAAACUUUGAAAUUGUUACAGAAAUUAUAGAUAACAUUUAAACAUGUUUAAUCAUAGACAUUUUUACUACAACACUUCAUAUAAACUACUUUUUCAUUAUCUGUGUAUAAACUUGUGUUUUCCUGAGCUGGUAUGCUCUGGACAAUGUCAUAAACAAACUGCCCAGUUUCUUGAGUUUCAAUGUUUAUUUUGAAAAUGAAUCGAAUACUAUGAUAUGUAGUUAACAUAGUUGUAAUAACUUGCCUAGUUGAUGUUUAAAUAAUGCAUAUUUUAAUAAACCUUAUUUACUUACAAA